AUGCGCUCUCUCUCAUUGUGCUUGGCCUGAUUGAUCUUACGCAUCUGAUCGUCGAAAGCAUCCUUCAUCUGCUUAACGCAGUACGCCAGCCCUGCUUUAUGCUGAUCCAACCACGAUUGCUUUAGGACAGCGUGCGCCCCUUCCACGCAAGAGGUACCGCUAGUGCCAAAGGUCAUGAUGCAUUGAAUGUAGACUUGGACGAAGCUCUCUUUGUCGCUCAAAGCCCCCUUGACGAAUUCGAUGACGUGCUGAUUGUCAAGCCAAGAGAGCAGAAGAGCGUUGUAGGCUUCAUUGAGGGUGUCGAACGUCUCAGCAUAGACGCAUGCUUCCCAUUGGCGCUGAAGCAAGUCCCACCCAUCGGUUGUUGGUAUUGCUCGCCGACAGAGAGAUUCAAGAUUUCGAUAGAUGUGCCAGCAACAGAGCAGUGCAUUUGCCUCCGGGAAGACUAG